CUGAAAAACAAAACAGUUCUGUGAGAACACGGAAGUGAAAGGAAGUUCAGUGCUUUUGAUGAUCGAGGUGCCAUUUCAGAGGACAAAGAAACAUCUGCAAAUAUUGUCAUUAUUCAAGUCCAUCAAGGACGAUGGCAUCUGAUUUAGUGCUUCAUACUCUAGAAGACCUGGAAGAACGUGAUCUGAAGAGAUUUAAGUGGUUCUUAAAGCAAGAUGGACCCGUUAGAGCUGGUAAACUGGAGAAGGCUGAUGUCACUGAUAUAGUGGAUAUAAUGAUGGAGCUUUUUGGACCUGAAGAAGCUGUGAAGAAAACACUGAACAGCCUGAGGAAGAUGAACCAGAACCGGCUGGCUGAAGAGUUACAGAACAACUACGCUGAAGUGCAAAAAUCAGGAGCAGCUGAGAAACAAGAUGAUUUCUGGCUGCAGGAAUUCUUGAAAACUCACAAAAUGAACAUGAAGGAGAAAGUGGAGCACAUUUUUGAGGGUAAAAGAGAAAAUAAAGCAGAUCUCAAGGAUGUUUUCACAGAACUCUUCAUUACGGAGGGGGAUCUUAAAGAAGUAAAUCAAGAACAUGAGAUUUCGCAGAUUGAUAAAGCCAUUAAACCCUAUAAAUCACAGGACAGGCCAAUCAAAUGCAAUGAUGUAUUUAGUCUGAACAAAAAUAAGAAUAAGAUUGUGCUGACCAAAGGCGUCGCUGGCAUUGGAAAAACUGUCUCAGUGCACAAGUUCAUUCUGGACUGGGCAGAAGGAAAAGCCAAUCAGGAGAUAGACUGUGUUUUCCUGCUUCCAUUCCGAAAUAUUAACUGCAUUAAAGACAGAGAGAUCAGUCUGGAUGAGUUUCUACAGAAAUUGAAUCCUGAACUGAAGAAAAUGGAAACAGCAAAGAGGUGUCAGAUAUAUAGUCCUAAGCUUAAGCUUGCGUUAAUCUUUGAUGGACUGGAUGAGAGUCGACUGUCUUUGGAUUUUGGCAGUGAAAUUGAAAAGAGUGUUGAGGAGCGAUUAUCUGUAGAUGAACUGUUUACAAGUCUGGUGAAUGGGUCUCUGCUUCCAUCAGCUCACGUCUGGGUGACAUCACGACCAGCAGCAGCCAAUCAGAUCCCUCCGUAUUGUGUAGGGUUGUUCACCGAGAUGCGAGGAUUCACUGACCAGCAGAAGGAGGAGUAUUUCAGAAAGAGAAUCCAAGAUACGACUCAGGCCUCCAGAAUGAUCUCACACAUUAAGAAAUCUCGUAGUCUCUACAUCAUGUGCUACAUUCCCGUGUUCUGUUGGAUCACAGCCACUGUUCUAAAGGACAUUCCCAUUGGGAACAAUGCCGAGAAAAUCAACACGACACUCACUGAAAUGUACAUCCACUUCCUGCUGAUACAGAUGAACAUGAAGAGCCAGAAGCAUGACAGUAAAACAGAAAGACAACGUACCAAGCUCUUAGAUUCCAAUAAAACAAUGAUUUUGAAGUUAGCUAAGCUAGCGUUUGAACAGCUGAAGAAGGAAAACAUAGUGUUCUAUGAGAAAGAUCUGAAAGCUUGUGGUAUUGAUGUGAGUGAAGACUUUGAGUCCACAGGAAUGCUGACUGAGAUCUUUCAGCAAGAAGCUGGACUUCAUGAGAUAAAGGUCUUCUGCUUCGUGCAUCUGAGUGUUCAAGAGUUCCUCGCUGCAGUGCACGUGUUCCUCUGCUACCUGAACAAGAACAUGGACGAGCUGCAGUUUUUCAGUGAAGAAACACAAAACGAGGCCAGGCCUGACCACAUCGACAAGCCAGACAAACACAAGGUCAGACCUAAACGUCAGUUAUUUUUUCAGUUUGCAAAACUGUUCAAAACCAACAAGAGUAAGAGUGUGCCUGACAAAAAUAUUACUUUAGAUUAUUUACUAAAGAAGGCUGUUGAGAAAGCAAUGAAAAGUCAGAAAGGACAUUUAGACUUAUUUUUACGGUUUCUGCUGGGCAUUUCACUGGAAUCGAAUCAGAAACUGCUCAGAGGCCUGUUCACACACACUGAAGACAGCAAAGACAGCGUCACAGAAAUAACUACACACAUUAAAGAACAAUUACAAAGCUAUGAGAACAUCUCAUCUGAAACAUCAGUCAACCUGUUCUACUGUUUACUGGAGCUCAAUGAAAAUUCAUUAUAUACAGACAUACAAAAAUACUUCACAUCUUAUCCAAAAAGAGAGCUCUCGCCUUCAAUGUACUCAUUAAUUGCUUACGUUCUGCUGAUGUCAGAGGAGGUGCUGGAUGAGCUCGACCUGAGUAUGUACAUGAGUGAAUCAAAUGGUAAACACUCAAGGAUGUACAGGACAUGGGGAGGCCACAUGAAUCUCCUGCCAGCUGUGAGAUUCUGCAGAAAAGCAAAACUCUCCUCCUGUGAUCUCGAUGACACCUGCUGUGAAACUGUGGCUUUGGCCCUGCAGACACCAAACUCACCUCUGAUAGAGCUGGACAUGAGUGAAAAUAACCUGAAGGAUUCAGGAGUGAAGCUGCUCUCUGAUGGACUAAAGAGCCCAAAUUGUCAGCUGAAGAUACUGAGAUUACGGGACUGUAAGGUGACAGAAGAAAGCUGUGGUUAUCUGGCUUCAGCUCUGUGUUCAAACCCCUCACACCUGAGAGAGCUGGAUCUGAGCCUCAAUCACCUGGGAGACUCAGGAGUCAAGAUGCUCUCUGAUCUACUGAAGCAUCCAAACUAUGCACUGAAUAAACUGGAUACUGAGCAAUACAAGUAAUCUCUCACUGGAUCCAAACACAGCAGUCACUCGUCUCACUCUGUCUGAGGAGAACAGAAACAUGACGCACGUGUUUGAGGAUCAGCCGUAUCCUGAUCAUCCAGAGAGAUUUGAUGAGUGUCGUCCGGUUCUGUGUGGAGAGAGUCUGACUGGAGUCAGUCAGUGAAUAUCAGUGACAUAUAAAGGUAUCAGCAGGAAAGGAAGGAGACACUGUAAAUUUGGAUUUAACAAAAUAUCCUGGAGUCUGAACUGU